AUGGUAACAUCGAGUUCUGUCCCCGACACCUUCAAAGGAUUUGCUGUUGAUACCAAAGAAAAUUGGAAUAAGCCAAAAUUGGUUACUUACAAACGUAAGUCUAUUCAGCCUACAGAUGUCGUUAUAAAGAAUAUCUGUUGCGGUCUUUGCGGCACUGACAUCCAUACAACCCAAGAAAACUGGGGACCAAUGCAGAGACCUGAUACUGUUGUUGGUCAUGAGAUCAUCGGUACUGUGAUUGCUGUAGGUGACGAAGUCACUGAAGUGAAAGUGGGUGACAGGGUUGGUGUGGGUGCAGCUUCCUCCUCUUGCUGCGCUUGCUCAAGAUGUGGUUCUGAUAAUGAACAAUAUUGCAAGGAUGGGGUAAGCACUUACAAUUCUAUCGACGGUUUUUCCGACGGUUAUGUCACGCAAGGUGGAUAUUCUUCACACAGCAUUGCUAAUCAAAAAUUUGUGUUCCCAAUUCCGGACGAGUUGGACUCAGUUUCAGCGGCUCCUUUGAUGUGUGCUGGAUUGACUGUUUAUUCGCCAAUUGUCAGAAAUAUUCGUCACAUUGAAAAGCCCGUUGUUGCCGUGAUUGGUAUUGGUGGCUUGGGACAUUUAGCACUCCAGUUUGCUAAAGCUCUAGGUGCAGAAGUUUACGCUUUCUCUAGAACGUCUUCAAAGAAGGCGGAGGCGACUAGUUUAGGUGCUGAUGGUUUUAUUGCAACCCAGGAAGAAAAGGACUGGGCUAGCAAAUUUCAUGACAAGUUUGAUUUGAUUUUGAACUGCGCUUCAAGAGUUGAUGGCUUUUCUUUGGAUGAGUACUUGUCUGCUUUGAAAGUGGAUGGACGAUUUGUUUCCGUGGGCUUACCACCCGUCGAUGACAAGUUUGAGUUGAAUCCAUUUUCCUUCUUAUCGAACGGAGGUUCCUUCGGCUCUUCUUUGUUAGGUUCUAAGAAGGAGGCUUUGGAAAUGUUGGAGUUGGCUGCCAAAAAAGGAGUAAAGCCUAUUGUUGAAGAAAUUCCCAUCUCGGAGAAGAACUGUGAGAUCGCAUUAACAAGAUGUAACGAUGGUGAUGUGAGAUACAGAUUCGUUUUCACAGAUUAUGACAAGGCUUUUGCUUGA